AUGUGGAAGUUAAAAAUUGCAGAAGGAAAGGAUGAUCCAUACUUGUUUAGCACCAACAACUUUGUGGGGCGCCAAACUUGGGAGUUUGAUCCCAAUGCUGGUACUCCUGAAGAGAUACAACAAGUUGAAAAUGCUCGGCAAUACUUCUUGGAGAGGCAGAAGGCGGAAGGUUAUCAAGCAUGUAGUGAUUUGCUGAUGAGGAUACAAUUGAUCAAAGAAAAUGGAAUCGAUCUACUGAGCAUGCCACCAGCAAGGUUGAAAGCGGAAGAAGAAGUGAAUUACGAAGCAGUGACAACAGCAGUGAAAAAAGCGGUCCGACUGAAUCGUGGGAUACAAGCAAAAGACGGUCAUUGGCCUGCUGAACAUUCUGGCCCUUUGUUCUUGACUGCACCUCUUAUUAUUGUGUUACACAUCAGUGGGACUAUGGAUACAUGCUUAACAAAAGAACACAAAAAAGAGUUGCUGCGUUACAUUUACAACCACCAAAAUGAAGACGGAGGGUGGGGAUUUCAUAUUGAGGGACAUAGUACCAUGAUGGGAUCUACAUUGAACUACAUAUCGCUACGGUUGUUAGGAGAAGGACCGGAUGGUGCACUAAGUCGAGGAAGGAAGUGGAUCCUUGAUCAUGGUGGUGCAACCUCCAUUCCAUCUUGGGGCAAAAUCUAUCUAUCGGUGUUAGGAGUGUAUGAAUGGGAGGGGUGCAACCCAAUGCCCCCAGAAUUUUGGAUUUUUCCUGAAAUUUUUCCUUUUCAUCCAGCAAAAAUGUGGUGCUAUUGCCGGACUGCCUAUAUGCCAAUGUCAUAUCUGUAUGGCAGAAGAUUCCAUGGUCCGAUCGAUGAUCUAGUUCUUCAUCUCAGACAAGAGAUUUAUUGUAUUCCGUAUGACAAGAUAAAUUGGAAUAAACAGCGCCAUAAUUGUUGCAAGGAAGAUCUCUUUUACCCUCAUACAAGAGCCCAAGAUAUGUUGUGGGAUGGUCUUCAGUAUUUCAGUGAGCCGUUCUUCAAGUAUUGGCCUUUCACCAAAUUCAGAGAAAGAGCCCUCAGAAAAGCAAUUGUGUUGAUUCGUUAUAACGCUCAAGAGAGUAGAUAUAUUACCAUGGCAUGUGUUGAAAAGUGUUUGCAAAUGAUGUGUUGGUGGGCAGAAAACCCAGACGGGGAUGAGUUUAAGCAUCACCUCGCUAGAGUUCCUGAUUUUUUGUGGUUAGCAGAAGAUGGAAUGAAGGUGCAAACAUUUGGCAGUCAAUUAUGGGACUGUGCAUUUGCAACUCAAGCUAUAAUCUCAAGUAAUAUGCCAGAAGAAUACGGGGAUUCCCUUAAAAAGGCGAAUUUCUAUAUCCAAGAGUCUCAAAUCAAGAACAAUCCGAGUGGAGAUUUCAGUAAAAUGUGUCGACAGAUUAGUAAAGGGACAUGGGCGUUCACUGACCAAGAUCAUGGCUGGCCUGUCUCAGAUUGUACCGCUGAAGCGUUCAAAUGCCUGCUCUUGCUAUCUCAAAUGCCAGACAAGAUUACAGGAGAAAAAGCAAAUGAAAAGUGGUUAUAUGAAGUUAUCGGUUUCUUUUUUCAUGUACAGUCUCCUACCAGUGGAGGUUUCGCUACUUGGGAAACACCGAUCCCACAACCAUAUUUACAGAAACUGAACCCUUCAGAAGUUUUUGCGGAUAUUGUUGUUGAGAGAGAGCACACCGAGAACACAUCAUCGAUAAUCCAAGCUCUCGUUGUCUUCAAAGGUCUAUACCCGACACAUAGGAAGACAGAAAUAGAAGUUUCUGUGGCAAAAGGAGUGCGCUAUCUUGAGGAAAGACAACUGCCUGAUGGUUCAUGGUACGGCUAUUGGGGAAUAUGUUUUAUAUAUGGCACGUUCUUUGCGCUAGGAGGCUUAAAUGCUGCUGGAAAAACAUAUAACAACUCUGAAGCAGUUCGUAAAGGUGUCAAGUUUCUACUUUCGAUACAAAAUGAGGAGGGCGGGUGGGGAGAGAGCUACAAGUCUUGCACUAGUGAAGUGUACACACCAUUGGAUGGAAAUCGAACAAACUUAGUUCAAACUUCAUGGGCAAUGCUCGGGCUUAUGUCAGGGGGGCAGGCCGAGAGAGACCCAACUCCCUUACAUAAAGGAGCAAAGCUAUUGAUUAAUGCCCAAAUGGAUAACGGAGAUUUCCCUCAGCAGAACUUUACUGGAGCGUCAUUGAGGAACUGUAUGCUGCAUUUUGCACGGUACAGAAGUACUUUCACAUUAAGGGCGCUCGCAGAAUAUCGAAAUCGUCUUUGGACCAUAAAGUGA